AUGCCGAACCAGAUAAGAUUUCAAAUGGAAAAACUUCCAUAAGCAAUAUUAGCUGGCUGCCUUUGGUAACCCUUAGUAACGAUUCAAAGGCCGAGCAGAAUGUCUGUCCACACUUGGUUACACUACAGCCACGGCGCCGUGCCCGAAGAUGCCGUCGUCGCUGGCCACGAUGCCGAUGGCGACACCAUCUUCAUUGGCCGUGCAUUCCAGAACAACGAUUUGCUGCCGGCGAAGGUCAUACCGAACAAGGGCAAGGCCUAUGUGGCCUAUGGCGGCAACGAGAUCGAGCUGGAGAACUACGAGGUGCUGAGUGGACAGAACUACAUAUGGCUGUCAGGCGCAAAUGGCGAGGUGCCAAUCGGUGCCGUUGAGGUAGGUCGCAACGUCGACGGCGAGACACUGUACGCUGGACGCGGCUACCAUGCCGGCAGCCUGACCGUGGGCAAGGUGCACCCCUCUCACGGCUGCCUCUACAUACCCUUCGGCUCCGAGGAGGUCAAGAUAUUCGCGUACGAGGUGCUGUCCCGGAACGCGCGUUAAGCGUCCGUUAACAUAUUUAAAUCAUUUUGUUGUGCAAUAAACUAAACCUUUUGUAGAAAC